AUGGCUAAACUCAGUGACUUGUCUGAUGAUUUGCUGGUGAAGAUAUUAACGUUUCUUCCAACAAAAGCUGCUGUAUCAACCAGCGUUUUGUCGAAACAGUGGGAGUUUCUUUGGAUGUGGUUGCCUAAACUCGAGUUCAAAUUUACUACUCCUCCAAAGUAUGCAUGCCUGAGGGAUUUUAUUGCCAAGAAUCUACCAUUACACAAAGCUCCUAUCAUCGAAAGCCUGCACCUUUCCUCUUCCUAUUGUUCAAUUCAACCUGAGGAUUUGAAAUCGUGGGUUGGAAUUGCAGUCUCUCGUUGUGUGCGUGAGCUAUGUAUCCCUAUAUAUUCUUUCGGAAUGGAACGUGCUGUACCAUUGCCCUGUAGUUUGUAUUCCUGCAACUCGCUCCUGACACUGAAACUUUGCGGCCAGAAGACUCUUGUGGAUGUUCCUGGAACGGUUUGUCUCCCUUCCUUGAAAAUUUUGGAACUUCGACGUGUGACAUACCCAAACGACGAUUCUAUUCGACUGCUUCUGUCCAAUUGCCUUGUUUUGGAAGAUCUGACUAUUUACCGAAGAGACCAUGACAACGUGAGAAAGUUGGUUAUCAUUGUCCCAUCCUUGCAGCGUUUAUCCUUAGAGAUACCCCGUCUAUGUUCUCCUGGUAGAUAUGUAAUAGGUACCCCUUCACUGAAGAAUCUCGAAGUCAAGGAUUAUAGAGUAAGUAGCUCCUAUUUGAUUGAGCAGAUGCUAGAGCUGGAAGAGGCAGUUAUCAUGGUUGUGCAGGAUCCUGAAGAGCUUCUCGAAUCAAUUACAUUUACCAAACGCCUUUCAUUACGCGUAAUAUUCAACCGUGCAAUAGAGAAGGUGUAUCGUGAUGGUAUUGUGUUCAAUCGGCUUGAAAAUUUGAAGGUGUAUAGAUGCUGCGAUGAUUGGUCAAAGUCACUUUUCCAGUUGCUCAAAGUUUCUCCUAACCUGCGAGUCCUCAGUCUCAUCGUUGAUAGUGUUUCGACAGAUUUUGGUGGGUAUUAUGAACCGGUUAGCUGGAGCAAUAAUCAGAGCUCCGUUCCUAAAUGUUUGUCGAAGAGUCUUGAAACUUUCGAGUUUGCAGGGUACAUGGGAACACGAGAAGAAAGGGAUUUCUUGAGUUUUAUCUUCAAGCAUGCUUGUCACUUGAAAUCUUUAAAAAUCUUGCGCGGACCAGAACCACAUCAUGGGAGUUAUUUGGAAGAUCUGACUAUUUACCGAAGAGACCAUGACAACGUGAGAAAGUUGGUUAUCAUUGUCCCAUCCUUGCAGCGUUUAUCCUUAGAGAUACCCCGUCUAUGUUCUCCUGGUAGAUAUGUAAUAGGUACCCCUUCACUGAAGAAUCUCGAAGUCAAGGAUUAUAGAGUAAGUAGCUCCUAUUUGAUUGAGCAGAUGCUAGAGCUGGAAGAGGCAGUUAUCAUGGUUGUGCAGGAUCCUGAAGAGCUUCUCGAAUCAAUUACAUUUACCAAACGCCUUUCAUUACGCGUAAUAUUCAACCGUGCAAUAGAGAAGGUGUAUCGUGAUGGUAUUGUGUUCAAUCGGCUUGAAAAUUUGAAGGUGUAUAGAUGCUGCGAUGAUUGGUCAAAGUCACUUUUCCAGUUGCUCAAAGUUUCUCCUAACCUGCGAGUCCUCAGUCUCAUCGUUGAUAGUGUUUCGACAGAUUUUGGUGGGUAUUAUGAACCGGUUAGCUGGAGCAAUAAUCAGAGCUCCGUUCCUAAAUGUUUGUCGAAGAGUCUUGAAACUUUCGAGUUUGCAGGGUACAUGGGAACACGAGAAGAAAGGGAUUUCUUGAGUUUUAUCUUCAAGCAUGCUUGUCACUUGAAAUCUUUAAAAAUCUUGCGCGGACCAGAACCACAUCAUGGGAGUUAUGUUCGACUAUAG